AUGGCUUCUUCGCUCCAUUGCUCUGUUUCACUUCCUUCCUCAUUUCCAAAACUCUCUAACUUCAAUACCAACAGCAACCAAUUCUUUUCAUUCAACCCAUACAGUCAUUCAUCAUCAUCAUCAUCAUCAUCAAUCAAAUCAUCAAUCAAAUCUACAUCAACGUCACUUGAAGAAACCGCUAUGAGCAUUGAUAACCUACGCACCUUCUUCAACCUUAAUAUCGGAAAAUGGAACGGUUCUUUCUACCAAUUUGAUGCUGUUGGGAACCUGUUGCAACAAGUCACUACUAAGCUUUCUGUUAGCUCUUAUGGGGAAGCUGAACUAAUGAGUCUCAUUCAAUCGUUGUAUAUUAAACAACCUUCAUCAAACACUUCAGUUGCCGGAGAUGACAAUGAUACGGAAUGGGCAGAGUACAAAAUUAAAGAAACCAAUAUGUUUACUGUGGACAAGUAUCAGCAAAUAGGCUUUUUCCCAUCCGAGAAAGCAUUUGCAUUGAGGUACCAAACAGCUGGUAUGUUGGAAACUGUAUUACGGCAAGGAGUUCUCGGAGAAGAUGACACCGGUGAAGAAUCACCUAGAAAUCUCAAAAUUCCCUCUCGCCGACCUUCUAUUGUAUGUGAGAAUUGCCUCUACUCUCUACAGAGAGAUAUGCGAGCGAGAGCCUUUCACAUUUUGGAGCCAAAAGGAACUGUUGAUAUGCUUAUAAUCUUCCUAGAGGAAAGAAGUGAGGGGUCUCAUCCUCUACUCGACAAUGCUGGGGACACGACGAAUAGGAUUACACCAUUUCUCGGUAAAUGGAAAGGUCAUUCCAUAACCAAACGAAGUGGGGUCUAUGGAUCUACAAUAUCUGAAGCUGAUACAGUUGUGUUACAUGAGAUGGAUGACAAUGACCAACUCAUUCAGGAUGUUACUUCUACAUUCGUCGGGGAGAAUGUGACUACCAAUGUUCACUGGACUGGAACAGUAUCAGACAAUUUAGUCACAUUUGAUGGAGGUUAUCAGAUGAUACUAUUACCUGGUGGCAUGUACGUGGGAUCUCCUUGUGAUGUUUCAAAAAGUGUAGCACAGUCGAAAUCUUUCCAUUUGGAGUUCUGUUGGUUAGAGACACCUGACAAGAGGCAAAGACUGGUUAGAACAUUCGAUAUCGAAGGCUUGGCUGUCUCAUCUACUUAUUUUUAUGAAACAAAAUUGUUAAGUUAA